AUGUCCUUACUCGAUGAGUUUUUUGCCGAUGUUGCCGAUUCUUCGGAUACUGCCCACUCGGUUUCAUCGACCACCACUAACGCCUCAUCGGCUUCGGUGAGUGGAGCUGCUUUUUCAAAUGGAUCAAGAAUUUUUAAUCAUCAUCAAACUACAACAACAACCAAUCAAGCCAUGAGUGCAACGGCAUCAACACUUGUUCUCGGAGGAUCAUCCUCGUCUCUCUUACAUCCACCACCAACACCCACUUCAGCAUUGUCAUCCUCUUCUGCAACAACGAGUGGAAAUCUCAUGUUGUUUCAUCCACAAAUUCAUCAUGGCAAUUCAUCACAAUUAUCCAUGAUGCUUGAUGAUGAUGGUGCUUCAACAACAACGGAUGAGGCCUCAAGCUCUGGGGCACCUCUUCAUUUGAACAGUUUAAAUCAAAGCUCUCAGAAUAGAUUUCAUCAGGAUCAUGACGCACUCUCAACGACUUCAUCAAUGAGCACUUUCUCGUCGGGAUCACACAGCCAUUUUGUUCCUGAUAUUACCAACACUGCAGCAAGUACUGGAACAACAUCAUCAAUACCUAACAUUCAUGCUUUGUCUUUAAAAAACAUAAUUCCCACCACUCCAUCAAUAACGAGUUUUUCUGCACUGUUACAGGAUGAAACCUUCAAUCGUCACAUGUUCAAAAUUAAAGAAUUCACCAAAACAGAAGGAAGAGUUUUGAAAACUGGAGCUUCAUUACAGGAGGACGAGGAAUAUCCAUAUAUUUUAGCUAGUAAUUCAUAUAUUCUUACCAUUGAUCAAGAAAUUGAUAGUUUAUUUAUUCAGUUGAAAGGAUUUUAUGCUGAAAAGUUUAAAGAUUUGGAAAAUAACGUGACGGAUCCUGUAAAUUAUGUACAAACAGUAUUAAGAAUUGGAAAUGGAGUACCUUUGGUAGCUCCAAGAGGAACAAGUUCUACAUUUUCAGAUAUUGACUUGAGUGAUUUAUUGCCACCCUCCACGAUCAUGAUUUUAAAGGUUACAGCUGCAAACGAAGGAACUUUUACUGUUUCCCUCAGUGAGGAUAAGUGGAGAAAAAUUGAACAAUUAUGUAGAGACAUUCUACAUCUUGAUGAAGCAAAGGAGACCAUUUUGGACUAUGUUUCCAUGAGAAUGGCAUAUGUAGCUCCAAAUUUGAGCGCCCUUGUAGGCACAAGAAUUGCAGCUCAACUGAUUGGUGCAGCUGGAGGUAUUUUAUCCUUGUCACAAACAUCGGCUGAUGUUCUCCAAUGUCUAGGACGAGAUAAGAAGAAACUCGAGGGCUUAUCAUCGAACACAUUUAUGAGCAUGUUACCCAAGCGAAAAGCCAACACUGUUGGGGACUCCCAGGAUAUUCCUGUUCAACUAAUUUCAUAUAAUGCAAGUGAUUUUUCUCACAUGAGGCAUACUGGUUUUGUAGGUUUGUGUGAUUUAGUAAUGGAGCACACACCUCCGCGUGAAAAAUUGCGAAAGAAAGUUUCUCGAGUGGUGGCCACAAAAUGUGCCCUUGCAGCUCGAAUUGAUAGCUGCAAUUCUUCAAAAGAUGGAUCUGAAGGGCAAAAGCUUCGAGAGGAUGUUCUUGCGUUUAUCAAAAAGCUCAUGGAGCCACCAAAAAGAAAAGAAGAUAAGCCACUUCCAGCACCAGAUGCCAUCAAGAAAACUCAUAGAGGUGGUAAAAAAUCAGCCUUAGAAAAAGAGUUGUCACGAACUUCAGAGCUGAGAAAGAAAUAUGAGAGAUUGGAAUUUGGUACGGAAGGAACAGAUGACUCGUAUAUUGGUGACGGCUCAGGUACUAUGCUCAUGAAGGAGGGAGCGAAAGGUCUCGGUCAAUCCCUUCGAUUAAAGAAUGCCAUUCUCUCUGCCGGUAAAAAGUAUGAGAGCAAGAACAAGAAGAAGGAAAAACAAACCAGCAGAACACCUCUAGGCACCUCUUCCAGUGCUGGAACCUCUGUUUCAGAGUCUGCAGCUUUCUUUGAUGGUAUUAGCACCUUGUCCAGCACUUCGAUAUUCAAAAGUGGUACAGCUACACAAAUUAUCAGAACAGGUACAGCCACAUCAAUGGCAAUUAAUGACAAAAAUGAAAUGGAGCUUCUGAAUCCAAGUCUCAUCGAAGAAAAGAAGAAGAAUGAGAAGAAAAAGACAAGUUACUUUUCAGCCGAGACAAAAUUCAAGAAGAUUGACACCUCAAUGGCGCCACCAACUGUUGCAAAAAAGAAGUGA